AUGGUCAAGGUCUCUAGCGAUAAGACGUCCACGCCAGCGCAGAAACACCUCUCCGGGAUUUGGCGAAAGGUCGUUUGUGGCUUGUCCAUCCGUCUUUUGUGGACCUCGAAGCAGAGGAGCGGUGUGGUGGCAAAUAUGUUGAUUGAAGAGUGGGAGCGCCGUAGGGUCGAGGGCGAAAAGACUGUGGUGACGGUCUCCACCCACAAGACCGGGGACAAGGAGCCGGCCACCUUAGUCAUAUCACAUGGAAAGGCCGAGCUAAUGGAACGGUACUUUUCACUACGUCAGCGGGUCAUCACGUCCGCGAAACAGUUUUUCGUGACCAACAAGGGCGAGAGAGUCACAAAACUAUAUGAUGACAUUAAUAAAAUUUACGGUUCACGCUUGUCGGCCAGCGUUUUCAGACGUAUGGUCGAAACCAAAUCCAGAGGGCACCACCCCGACGUGAGCAAGUCGGUGGCGGUGGCACUCCAGCACGGAGACGGCACGGCGCUCAAAUUUUACAGGCUGCCGGACACCAAUGAGGCCAUCCGCCGGCACGACAAACUGGAAAUGGUCGGUGCGACGGCGUUAUUUGAGGCGGAGGUGUUGAAAAACUUUGUAGAGAUAUUCGGCCAUCAGGCCUAUGUCAACAUGACGCAUGAAAACAUCGUCGAGAGGCUGCAGACGUCGGACGAGUACGCCGCUCAUGAUGGGGCCGAGAUCACUCAGUCGUUCGUCAGACGGGUGAAGGCCCGGUACGACGAACAAGUCCACGACGACCGAGUUACGAUAAUUUACGAUCUGGCGGUACAGGAAUAUGAAAAAAACAACAUUUCAAAAUAUGCGGUUGAAAAUCUGGCGAAGGAAAAUAAAAUACAUUAUUUCCUUUACGCAAAUAAAGAAAAGAUUGUUAAGGACGUGGUGAAAAGAUUUCAAUAG